CUCUCUGAGCGCCUCGCCUGCCUGGGAUUCCCCGCCCCGCCGGGCUCCUCCCUCCGUCCCGUGCGCCUGGCUCCCUGUCCCGACCCGAGCGUGUUUGUGUGGCAGCCGGGAGGUUUUUGCUCCUUGCUUGGAAACCUCACUAAUAUUUAACGGGGCGCCGCCACUGCUGCUGACGGAGAACUUCUGCAUAUCCGGGAGCAAAGUCUUGCGCACUCGAGGCGAAACCGUGCACUUCUAGCGCUUCCCGACCUCAGCAGCUGCUGUUUCGCCCCUCGUCAAGCUCCCGCAAUGAAGACCAUAGUGAAGUAUCUGUUGGGAUUUCUUGGUGUUGCAGUUCUCAUUACAGCCAUUGCUGUUCCUGUAGCUUUACUGACAAACCAAAGUUCUCCUGACCCCCGCAGGACAUUUACUCUACAAGAUUAUUUAAGUGGCAAUUUUCAAUACAAAUCUUUCAACUUACAGUGGAUUUCAGGAAAUCAGUAUCUCCACACAGCAGAAAACAACCUUUUACUCUUCAAUGCUGAUGAUGGAACAGAAUCUGAAAUAUUGUCAAAUGCCACCUUAACCUAUUACAAUAGUUCAGAGAUCAUAUUGUCCCCUGACCGAAAAUUUGCUCUUCUGCGAUACAAUUAUGAGAAGGUGUGGAGGCAUUCAUACAAUGCGUCAUACUACAUCUAUGAUGUAUCUGCUAGUACCUUAGUACAGGUCAACCCAAUUCCCGAGGAGAUCCAGUACAUAUCCUGGGCACCUGUUGGUCACAAACUGGCUUAUGUUUGGCAUAACAACAUUUAUGUGAAAACAGCACCAGAUGCCCUCGCUGUGCAGAUCACUAAAAAUGGAGAAGAAAACAAAAUUUUUAAUGGAAUACCAGACUGGGUUUAUGAAGAGGAAAUGUUUGGCACCCAUUCUGCUCUGUGGUGGUCUCCAAAUGGCAGCUUUUUAGCAUAUGCAGAGAUUAACGAUACUGGAGUUCCUGUUAUUGAGUAUUCAUUUUAUUCAGAAGAUACACUGCAAUAUCCAAAGACCAUUAAAAUCCCAUAUCCUAAGGCAGGUGCAAAAAACCCAACCAUAAGGCUAUUUGUUGUGAAUACCCAGUCUCUUCCCCAGAUCAAGUCCGAUGAAAUUAUUGCGCCGAGUAGCAUAUCAUCUGAGGAUCACUACCUGAGUGUUGUAACAUGGGUGACCAAUGAGAGACUCUGUCUGCAGUGGCUCAAAAGAAUUCAAAAUUUUUCAGUUCUUGGAAUCUGUGACUACCACACACAGAGUGGAGCAUGGCAAUGUCCACAGGACAAAGAGCGUCGCUUUGAGAGUAAAACUGGCUGGGUUGGCAGAUUUCAACCUUCUGAGCCUUACUUUGCACCUGACGGUGAUAGCUACUACAAAAUCAUCAGCAACGCAGAUGGCUAUAAGCAUAUCCACCACAUUGGUAUCAAUAGCACAGGGGAAAUGAAGCCCAUUACAUCUGGAAAAUGGGAAGUAAUCAGCAUAGCUGCUUUAACGAAUAACUUCAUAUACUUUAUUAGUAAUGAAUUUGAAAAUACGCCAGGAGGAAGACACCUGUAUAAAAUAGCAUUAAAUGAUUUUAAACAAACAUGCAUAAGCUGUAAUCUAAACAAAGAAAGAUGUCAGUAUUAUUCAGCAUCCUUCAGCAGAAAUGCAAGAUACUAUACCCUGAAUUGCCAUGGUCCUGGUGUGCCAUCUUUCACCUUGCUCAACAGCAGUACAGAUGCAGUUAUUAAGGACCUGGAAAACAAUACUGAAUUUGAUAAUAUGCAGAAGAAUGUCCAGAUGCCCUCUAAAAUACUAAAGAACAUCACAUUGCAUGAAGAAACAUUCUGGUAUCAGAUGAUCUUACCUCCUCACUUUGAUUCGUCUUCAUCAAAGAAGUAUCCUCUACUUAUUGAUGUGUAUGGAGGACCCUGUAGUCAGAAGGCAGACUAUGCGUACCGGAUUAAUUGGGCAACAUACCUUGCAAGCACAGAAGAGAUUAUUGUGGCUAGUUUUGAUGGCAGGGGAAGUGGCUACCGAGGAGACAAAAUCAUGCAUGCAAUAUAUCGAAGACUUGGAACCUAUGAAGUUGAAGAUCAGAUCGAGGCAGCCCGAGCAUUUGCUAAAUUAAGCUAUGUUGAUGAGAGCAGAAUAGCUAUUUGGGGCUGGUCAUAUGGUGGUUAUGUGACCUCCAUGGUGCUCGGAUCUGGAAGUGGUGUGUUCAAAUGUGGAAUAGCUGUUGCCCCCGUGUCACGAUGGCAAUUUUACGAUUCUAUAUAUACUGAACGCUACAUGGGUCUUCCUGAAAAAAGUGAUAACCUGCCUAACUAUGAGAAUUCCACAGUUAUGGCAAGAGCUGAAAAGUUCCGAGAAGUUGAGUACCUCCUGAUCCACGGAACAGCAGAUGAUAAUGUUCACUUUCAACAAGCAGCCCAAAUUUCAAAAGCUCUGGUUGACGCAGAGGUGGAUUUCCAAGCAAUGUGGUAUACGGAUAAAGAUCAUGGGAUUGGAGGAUUGGCUCAUAACCAUAUUUACACCCAUAUGACCCACUUCAUCAAGCAGUGUUUUGUGCUGUCAUAAGACUGGGGAGCCACUUUGCUUUGCUCAUGCUGAUAACCGGUUUGUGAAGUUAUUUCUGGGGUAGGUGGGAAAAGAGAGCACUUUCCUAAUGUGUUGUCUUCAUCUUUCAUUGAGCUUAAGACAGUAGAAUUGGAUUUCUAUGGAUACUUGAAUGAGAUAAUCAUUUUUGCAAUUCCUUUAUAGCACAGUCCAUUGAAUAUGAACCAAAGAUCUGCAGGUCUCUUGUCACACAAGCAGGAGCUGACCUGACCUCCCCCCACUCCCUUCUCUGUCUUCUGUGUCUCAAUUAGACACAGUGAGGGGAGCAAGAGUUUCCCUUGUGCAAAGCUUAGGGCGCCAGGCAUGUGUGCCAGAACUGUUGGAAGUGCUGUAGUCUCAGUUUCUUCUUAAGUGACUGUUGCUCUAUUGAAUCAGAUUAAAUUGGAUUUACACAUUAUUUCAUUACAAUAGGAGGGGGGGAAUUCUUUAAUUUCUGCUUGAUUGUCAUACACAGUCAAGACUGGAGUCAGUAAUUUCAAAGCUGAAGUAUUUGAUGGAAACUCAGAACUUUUAAGGCACACACUUUUUAAACAUCAACACCACAUGGGAAAUAAUCUAGAAUAGCUCUAAAGCAAAUUCUAGAAUCAGCGCCACCACAUUGUGCUUCUUCCAGAACUUUUUUUUAUAUUACAAACAAGACAUCUUUCCAUACUAAGUAGUAUAUAAAUUUAUAAACUGUCAUCAUUUGGUAACAACCCUCUAAAAAUUGAAUUAUUGCUGGCUGCCCCUCCUGCAUUCAGACCCAGGAGCGGCUCAUCUGUUCCUUACACCUCUUUUCUAGUGAAUGAAGCCAGAUCCCACAAGUUGGCGAUGGCAGAACACUUUUGAGUAUCAGGAACAAGUGCUUAUUUAUAAAGAAGAGCUCCCAUCCAAUUGUUUUAGGUACCAUCAGCAUCAUUUUUUCAAAGGACCAACUCAUUGCAACAAAAACGUGAUCAUACCUAUGUGCCUUAGAUUUUGAAAACACGACAAUGCAAGUGAUUUUACCAAGAGCAGUAUUCUGGGUAGCAAUCUUCUUGAUAAUACCAGGGCUUGAGUUUUGUGAAACUUCAUGCCAAUGUGCCAUAAAAUCAUGGUUCCCCCCCCCAUUUUAUAUGCAAGGUAAAUUGUCGACACCUGGUCUUAAAUGUAAUAAAGUCAUAUUGUGAUACCCGGGUCUAUUUCUUGUGGGAGUUUUUUUGGACGUUAGCCAUCAUAUAUAUUAAUCACUUAUUUGUUAACACAGUAAAAUAUUAAGAACAUUCUAUAAUUGUGACAGUUCCUAUUUGUUACUUUAGCAAAGUGUAUCACAAGUGCAUUAUGUUAGUAUCAGCUCCACUUGCUACGUGUGGCUGUUAGUGACAUUAGGUGUGAAUUCAAAACAGGCAAGAAUGGGAGGUGAGGGGACCCCCCGGCACUGAGAAGAAAAACCAAAGCUCUGGGGAGGCACAGCACAGAAGAAAAUGCAUCCUUAUAACAUUAAAUAAAGCCAACAUUGAUGAAUUUAACAUCUACCUUUUCUUUCUGUCUGUCUAUAUUAAGGCAAGAGUGGGGGAAGAUCAGUAGCACAUGGUAUUUUCUAUACUAGCUAUAUUCCCAGAAUAAACUUGAAUUUGGAUGCCUGGAUUUUAAAGAACAAACCGUGGUGAUCAUAGGGCAGACCCAUACCUUUUUCCAUUCAUGGCUUGCUUUCACUAGAUCAGGAUAACUGUACUCUGCCUGCACAGUGGGUAAAAAGCAGCAAGCAUCAUAAAUAUAAGCAUAGAGAAUAGUUAGGAUAAAUAUUUUAUUUCCAUGUAACAGCUCUUAAGAUGUGAAAAACACAAGUGAUUCUAUUCACAUAUACACUUUACUUAAACUUUUGUAAUAAAUUACAUCCAAGAAAUUCAGCAGUUGUGGCCAGGAAAUAUGAAAUUAAAAGUAAAUAGAACACUACCAUUUGCAUUUUAUUAUUACUUCUUUGUGUGAUUUCAGAAUGUUGGGAUUAACAUUGGAAUAGCAAAAUUCACGCAAAACCAGAAUAUGUAAAUAAUAAUUUUAAAAAAACAAACCUCAAAAAUGCUGAACGAAAAAUGAAGGGUGCCAUUAAAUACGCUGAUUUGUUAGUAUCAAGGAAACUAUUCAGAGGAAAUUUCUGAUUUUCCUUUGAUCAGCAACUUAUUAAAAACACCAGCAGUCUCUUUCCAGUAACAAAUUGUUUUGCCUUGCUAUGCUAGACUCACCUUACCACAACUGGAUUGCUACAACUACACUAACAAAACACUUUAUUCUUAA